GGUGAACUACGCGGCCGGGCUCUCUCCUUAUGCGGACAAGGGCAAGUGCGGGCUCCCCGAGGAAUAAAUGUGGUAUAGUGGAAGAAUCAUGGACUGAGUCAGGAGACCUGACUCAUACUCUUAUUAGCUUCCUCCUCAGUUGAGGAAACUGAAGCUCAGCGGGGUUAACUGGUAUUUGUUAGUUUUGUGACCAUGGACAAACCUUCGACCCCCCUGAAGAGCUAGACAGGAAAGUAUGGGAGCUGGCACAGCUGAUUCAGAGAUCUUCCAAUGUGGUGUUCCAUACAGGUGCAGGCAUCAGCACUUCCUCAGGCAUCCCAGACUUCAGGGGUCCCCAGGGUGUGUGGACCAUGGAAGAACGGGGUCUGGCACCCAAGUUCGAUACAACAUUUGAGAGUGCCCGGCCUUCAAAGACCCACAUGGCCCUGCUCCAACUGGAGCGAGUGGGCAUCUUGAAAUUCCUGGUGAGCCAGAAUGUAGAUGGUUUGCACGUACGCUCCGGCUUCCCCAGGGACAAACUGGCCGAGCUCCAUGGGAACAUGUUUGUGGAAGAAUGUGCCAAGUGUAAGACGCAGUAUGUACGAGAUGUGGUGGUGGGCAGCAUGGGCCUCAAGGCAACAGGUCGGUUGUGCACUGUGGCAAAGGCCCGAGGUCUCCGGGCCUGCAGGGGAGAACUGAGGGACACAAUCCUGGACUGGGAAGAUGCUCUGCCUGAUCGAGACCUCAGCCUUGCUGAUGAAGCUUGUAGGAAUGCAGAUCUCUCCAUCACUCUGGGUACAUCAUUGCAGAUCCGACCCAGUGGCAACCUGCCUCUGCUCACUAAACGCAAAGGAGGCCGCUUGGUCAUAGUCAACCUGCAGGCCACCAAACAUGAUCGCCAGGCUGACCUUCGAAUUCAUGGCUACGUCGAUGAUGUCAUGGCCAAGCUCAUGAAGCACCUAUGCUUGGAGAUCCCUGAGUGGCAGGGGCCCCUUGUGGUGGAACGGGCCCCACCCCUCUUGCCCCUUCCGAUACAGGUGAAAGCUGAGCCCCACACCCUGCAAGCCCUGCCUGCAGCACCCAAGGCAGAGGUCCCUGCCCAGCGCCACAGACCAAAGCAGGAAGGGGGCAAACGGGAACGGCCCCCUGCCACCCAGCUGCCCAAGAGGGUGAAAGUGGAACCUAUGCCCAGCUGAAUUGGUUUGAGACAGCAUGUGGACUCAGCCUUAUGUACUCCUCUCUAAGCCCCAGUCUUCCUCACUGUACAGAAGGGGAAUACACUCAAGCAAUAUCUACAGGCCUGUCCAAUACUAAGUCCCGGUGACUUAGAGUCUUGGGUUUGAAUCCCAUCCUGUGUAACUUUGGAAAAGUUGCUUCACUCCUCUGGGCCUUAUAGUUUCAUAUUUGUAAAAUGAAGUUGAACUAGUUAAUCUUGAAGGGCUUUUCCAGUUCCUCUAAGUUAUGAUCCUUUGAUGGGAAUGAGCAAGUCUAGGUGGGUUUUUUAUUUUUAAAUAAAUUUGAUUUCUUUUUUCAUACUAGAGGUUUUUUUUUUUUAAAAUAGAAACAAUUUUAUUUUCCUUCUGUUUGCAAAACAACAUCUCCCAGACUUCUGAUCCCCUCUAAGGACCUUGUCUUCAACCCUCUGCUGUUCUCUCUCUCACUGUAGUCAGGACUUGUUUUCUACCUCUAGACCAGUCAUCAGAGUCCUGUGUGACCUUCACUAAUUUCCUUCUCUCUGAGACUCAUUUUUCCUUUCUGUAAACCUGAAGUCUUUUCCAUCUCUAAAUCUUCUGAUUCUGUCAUGCCUGCUCUUGUCCCUCAUCUUCUCUGAAGUCACUGGGGAAUCUGGUGCUAAGAACAACAAACAUAAGAGGGGCCUAUGGGCAUUCUCAGCCCCUAGGACUCUUACCUUUGCCAGCCCUGCAGAGCCUGUUUUUUUCAGCUUGUCUUUUGAGA